CUGAGGACAUAUCCAAGUGGGACAAGACAAUCAAGAAAAAAACAAAAUAGGAUUUUAAAGGAUUAUCAGAAAGGGUUAUUCAACGUUGAAUCCUAUCACAGCUUUUUGCACCCUAGACCGACCUUUAGAUUGGUUGGAUUAGUUUCAUAAUGAGCUGUAAAUUGGAGGUAAUAAGAUACUCUUCAGUUUCUUUCUUUAACCACACAGCUUUUGCUCUGAGAAGGACUGUUGGAUAAAUCUCCAGACUUUCAAGAAGCCAUACCCGAGACAGCGCUGCAAUCAUGGGGGAAUGGGGCUUCCUCGGUGGUCUCUUUGAUAGCCUCCAGGUCCACUCGCCGAUGCUUGGACGUUUCUGGCUCUUGUUGAUGCUUGUUUUUCGGAUUCUGAUCCUGGGAACUGUAGCCAGUGACCUGUUUGACGACGAGCAAGAGGAGUUUGCCUGCAACACCCUCCAGCCGGGCUGCAAACAGGUGUGCUACGACAUGGCCUUCCCCAUCUCCCAGUACAGAUUCUGGGUGUUUCACAUCGUCCUCAUCGCCACCCCUUCCCUGGUUUUCCUCAUGUAUGCCAUGCAUCACAACAACAAGAGGACCAGCCAGAAUAAGACCCAAGUCUACAGAGAAGAGCUCCGUUUAAGGGGGCUUUACAUGAUCAACGUGGCCUUCCGCAUGUUGGCAGAAAUCGGCUUUCUCGUGGGCCAGUGGAUGUUGUAUGGAUUCACGGUGGAGGCCCAGUUCCCAUGUAGCCGCUUCCCCUGCCCCUACACUGUGGACUGCUUCACCUCCCGCCCUGCAGAGAAAACCAUCUUCCUCCGCUUCUACUUUGCCAUAGGGUUGAUAUCGGCGAUUUCCAGCUGUGUGGAACUUUUCUACGGCUCCAUCAAGUGGUUCUGCUGCUCAAGCCCUCCGACCCCGACCCCGGAGCACCAGAACCUUGACAACUUUGAGAAAGAAGAAAAGACUGUGUCGGAGAGCCUGCGCGGCAGCAUGAGGCAUAAAGGAGGAACAGUGAGGAGCAACACGAGUAGGAAAAGCUCCAGCAUUGGACACAAAAGCAGGGGUGGAAGAUAUUUGAGCAGCAAGGCAUUCAUGGUGUGAGACAAACUUGAUUUGUUAUGGUGCGAUCACUUGUUUUUUACUCAAUGUUAUUAUUAUAUAAGUAAUUACUGUAUGGCAUUUCACAUACAUGCAUCUCACUGUUAAUGGUAGAAGGAGACAUCAUGAUAAAGUGUUUAGGAGACAGUCAUAAGAGAAGGAAAUGAGCAAAGACGAGAGAGAACUGAUUGCACUUUGAACACUUGAUGACUUGUUUGGUCUCAUGAAUCAUUACAGACCGUAAAUGCUUCAGGAGGGGAAACAACAGGAUUAAACUUGAUUGAGUUGUUUAACACUGAUUGCUCUUUGUUUGAAAGAGAACUGAUUGUACUUCCAUCAGACACACCCUUGAUUGAAGUCAAAAUCUGUACACUAAGGGAAAUGUAAACGGAAUUAGGGAUGUCACAAUAUACCGUAUUGACAAGCCUGAUAUUUAAAUACACAAAUAAUGUUUGAUACACACACUCAUUGUGUAUGCUUUUGUACAGUUAGGUUUAAAAACUUUCUUUCCACCUCUCUACACUUUCGAGAAAAGAGAUUUAAACGCACAAUGAUUGAAGGCUAAACAUGGUAGCAUUUUAUAUUUUCUUUAUUAUUGUGAAAAAUCUUUUUGACAUAUUAGAUUUAACCCAUAAGGACCCACGGACACAGGUGUCACAUGACCUUUAAAUGUUCAGGAAAGUUCCUUAUACGAAGUCCCUAAGUGACACACCCUGAACAGUCUGGUGGGUCAUGGUCCAGGUCAUUUGAUUUCGUGUUCCCAAAACAACAUGUCCAAGAUGUCGAUGUGCCAGAAUAACACAUGUGACAGUCCUGCCUCAAAACCCACCUCUUCAACUCUGUAUCCAUAAGCCCCCCCCUCUCAACUUGUCAGAAAUGUGUUCUAGGUGGUCCAUUUAGUCUACAUUAUGUUCCCCUUCAUUUUUCCAAAAGUAGAAAUGGGUCCGGAUUCUUAUGGGUUAAAUUAUCUGCUUUCUUACAGUUAAAGCGGCUCAAGGGCACUCUGUAGCCAAGUAGUUUAGUAGCUUAGCUUAGACUGAAACACUGGAAACAGGGAAACAAACAGCUACUUUAAUUUGAUCGAUAGCUACCUAUCAACACUUUAUACAUAAAGGCUAUCUUUUCACUUGUGUUACCCACAGAAAAAAACCAAAAGUGUGUAAAAACAAUGUUACGGUUUCUAGCCAAUCCCUGCUAUCUGCAGCUAGCUGUUAGCCCUUUCGGUUUUGUGCAAAGCUAAGCUACAUUGGAGAGUCAUAUUAAUAUAUCUCAAGAAGAAAACAAAUUAGAUUAUUUCCCAAAAUGUGAAACUUUCUCUUUAAGUAUGGUUAGAUGGUGUGACCACAUUAUAUUAUAUAAUGAGGCAUUAACAUAUCAGUUAAGGAAUUAUAAGUUUAGCAGCAGUGGUUGCUCAGGUUUGACAUUACCUCCAUGUUUAACAUGACCAUAAUUCAUGGGUUAUAUUUCUUGUAAUGCUAUACCUUAUAGGCCUACACUAAUUUACUUUUCACAUGGCUGGAUAGUUUAUUGGUACUAUAUGAGUGCAAUGAAUGUGAUGAAGUAGGCUAUGGUGACUUUCACACAGCUUUUUUCUGAUUAUUAUUAUUAUUAUUAUAUAAAACUGUUGUUGCUU